AUGAGAGGAUCUUACUAUACGUUUUACCGAAAAGCCUCUACCGCUUUUCAUGAUCAUCAUAAGCUUAUUGGCGUCUGCGCCAUGAUCAGUGGUGGCGGACUAGUGGCAUAUUCGGAUGUGAGGCCCUUUGGGAGCGUUUACGCGGAUGCAGCUCAACCUACCACCAAGAAAACAAAAGUGGUGGUACUAGGUACCGGUUGGGCAGGCACAAGCUUCCUCAAAAACUUGAAAGAUCCGUCAUUGGAUGUUCAAAUCGUGUCCCCUUGUAACUACUUUGCGUUUACUCCCUUGUUACCUAGCGUUACAGUUGGCACUGUCGAAGCUCGCAGUGUGGUUGAGCCCAUUCGCAACAUUGUCAAGAAUAAAGACUUGGAUGUUGGUUUCAAGGAAGCAGAAUGUUUCAAGAUCGAUACCGUCAACCAGAAAGUCCAUUGCAAAUCCACUCAAAUUAGUAAUAUUGCCGGGAAAGCUGAAGAGUUCACGGUCGAUUAUGAUUACUUGGUGAUUGCUAUGGGAGCACGCGCAAAUACUUUUAACACCCCUGGUGUUGUUGAAAAUGCACAUUUCUUGAAGGAAGUAGAAGAUGCUUUGAGAAUCCGGAGGAGUAUCAUCGACUGUUUUGAAAGGGCGAGUCUUCCAAGUUUAAGCGAGGAAGAAAAGAAAAGAGUAUUGCAUUUUGUGGUGGUUGGAGGCGGGCCAACAGGGGUCGAAUUUGCGGCUGAGCUUCAUGAUUUUCUUCAUGAAGAUUUGUCAAAGUUGUACCCCGAUCUCCAGAAAUAUAUCACGGUAACACUGCUAGAGGCCAGUGAUCACAUACUGAACAUGUUUGACAAAAGAAUAACUGCUUUUGCUGAAGAGAAGUUUAAAAGAGAUGGUAUUCAGGUGAAAACCGGGUCAAUGGUGGUCAAGGUGACCGAUAAGGCGAUAUCUCUGAAAGAAAGAUCAACUGGUGAAACUAGAACUUUACCAUUUGGAAUGGUGGUAUGGUCUACUGGCAUUGGAACCCGACCCGUUAUCACGGAUUUCAUGAAGCAAAUUGGCCAGGGAAAUAGGCGAGUUAUGGCGACCGAUGAAUGGCUUAGGGUGGAAGGCGUGCCGAAUGUGUAUGCUCUUGGUGAUUGUGCCACUAUAAAUCAACGUAGCGUAAUGGAAGAUAUCGCAGCGAUAUUCAGCAAGGCAGACAAGAACAAGACCGGGAAGCUGAACGUUGAAGAUUUUAGCGAAGUAAUCAACGACAUUAUCGAACGUUAUCCUCAAGUGGAGCUCCAUUUAAAGAGUCAAAAGCUCAAGAGUUUUGUCCAGUUGCUGCAGAGUAAACAAGAUGGUUCUGCAAAACAAGCAACUAUGGAUAUUGAGAAAUUCAAGGCAGCACUUUCUGAAGUCGAUAGUAAAAUGAAGAGUCUCCCUCCAACUGCACAGGUGGCGGCUCAACAAGGCGAGUACCUAGCGAAAUGCUUUAACCGCAUGAAGGAGUGUGGUGAGAAUCCUGAAGGUCCACUUAGAUUCAGAGAUUCUGGUCGACAUCGUUUCAAACCCUUUAGGUACAAGCAUCUUGGCCAAUUUGCUCCACUAGGUAGUGAUCAAGCUGCGGCUCAACUUCCUGGCGAUUGGGUUUCGAUCGGUCACAGUACACAGUGGCUUUGGUACUCCGUAUAUGCAAGCAAGCUAGUGAGUUGGCGUACAAGGUUCUUGGUGAUUGGUGACUGGGGAAGGAGAUAUAUUUUUGGAAGGGACUCAAGCAGAAUCUAGCAAAAUUGUCUUUGCUGAUUCAUUUAAAAAAAAAAAUACAGAGUUUUGCUUUCUAGGAGUUAUCAUAUGAACCAGUGGCGGAACCAGAACUACUUUAUCGGGGUUGUCAUAAGGCUCUCUUCUCUACCGGGUAUAACUGGAGGGUUCGAAUCAUGUUUUU